UGUGAAAGUAAAUCGAUAAAGUUUGUGUUUUUAGAACCUGCACCUUAUCCUUCGACAGGUGUCGUUAAUAGUAAACUGUAUUGAGCGAUAAUCUGUAGCUGAUUUACUGGCGCUUGACGGAAAAAAAAAUUUAAAAAAAUAAAGGUAGCGGUAUUGGCGUGCGGUAAAGUUUAUACACAAUAUCAAGUCUAGCAGCUGUCCCAGCAAAAUGGCUGACAAGUGUGCAACUGUUGACAACUUACAUGUGAAAAAUGGCAACUUUAUUUGCGGUGUUGUCGAAGGAUUCUAUGGGAGGCCAUGGACAACAGAGCAACGAAAAGAUCUCUUCCAAAAGUUAAAAAAGUGGGGAAUGGAUUCAUACCUCUAUGCUCCAAAAGAUGACUACAAACACAGGGCAUACUGGCGCGAGUUGUAUACAGUGGAGGAAGCAGAACAUCUUACGAGUCUUAUAACUGCAGCAAAAGAAAAUGGAAUCACUUUUUAUUAUGCUCUUUCUCCUGGCCUGGACAUAACAUAUUCUAGUGCCAAAGAGGUAGCUGCUUUGAAGAGGAAACUUGAACAGGUCUCUCAGUUUGGUUGCUCUGCAUUUGCACUCUUGUUUGAUGAUAUAGAACCUGAAAUGUCAGAAGCUGAUAAAGAAGUUUUCCAGUCUUUCGCUCAUGCACAGGUGUCUGUCAGUAACGAGGUUUUCCAACACCUGGGGCAGCCACGCUUUAUGUUAUGUCCCACUCAGUACUGCGCAGCUAGAGCGACACCUAAUGUGCAAAAUUCAGAAUAUCUUAAUACUCUUGGAGCAAAACUGGCACCUGAGAUUGAUAUUAUGUGGACAGGUUCAAAAGUCAUUUCACGUCUGCUUACAGUGGAAUCAAUUGAAGAAAUAACGGAUGUUCUUCGAAGGCCACCUGUUAUUUGGGACAACUUGCACGCCAAUGACUAUGACCAGAAACGUGUUUUCUUAGGACCAUAUUCUGGUCGAUCUCCUGAUCUUAUACCAAAGUUGCGUGGGGUUCUGACAAAUCCUAAUUGUGAAUAUGGUGCAAAUUUUGUGGCAAUACAUACCUUGGCUCAGUGGAGUCGCUGCAGUGUUGAUGGAAAACGUGAUUCAUCCCUCAAUGAUUCUGUGAGUGCAGACAUCAAAUUGGAAACUGAAACUGAGGAUGGAGGUGUGGGAGAGGAUGUUCCAUCUAAUCUGAGUCCCAAUACAUAUCACCCACGACGGGCACUGCGCAAUGCCAUUUCAGAAUGGUUACAUGAAUUCCACCGCCCACGACCAGCAUGGGGCCCUAUUGCAAAACCACAAGUUGUUGCUCCUGUGACCAUUCCUGUGCCUAUAGUGCCAUCUGUCAAUACCUGUAUGAGUCUAACAACAACAACAACUAGUUGCUCAGCUGGCUGUGGACCCACAUUAUCUACUGUAAAUGCAAACCAACUUCAGGCACUAGCUGAUGUGUGCAGCACGGUGCCAAAUACCAAUGAAAGUAUGAUGCAGCCACUUCCUGGAGCAGUGAUGAACUCUCUUGUAUCGGAAACAAAAGUUGUGGUUGGUGAUUCGGCUGAGCCAAUGGAGUGUAAUCCUCCUCCUCCUCCACCACCACCACCGCCUCCUGCUCCGUCAUCUGGAGAUCAUUCUUUAUCUGCUGAGACUAAUGAGACUCUCAGUGAGAGUAGUGAUCACCAGUUAACUGAGGAUGACCUUGCAUUACUAUGUGAUUUGUUCUACUUGCCAUUUGAACAUGGAGGACAGGGUCUUCAACUUUUGCAAGAGUUCAAUUGGCUUAAAAGCAAUGCCCAUGUUGUUACACUUCAGAAUCGCAACAAGGCUGAUGCAGAGCAUGGUAACAAACCAGAGGUACAAGAGUGGUUAGAAAGGGCAGCAAAACUUGAUGAAAUGAGUAAGGCUGUGAAUACCUUAUUUCGAAGACUCACCUACUGUGCAAAUAGGGAACUGUUGUAUGAUUUAUAUCCAUAUGUUUGGGAUAUGCGUGGUGUUAUAUCAUUGCUGAACUCUUACAUCAAAUGGUUAGCUAGCGGCCGCUUCCCGCAGAUGGUAGCCAGCUUCACCCUCGGCAGCUACACAUGGUUUUCAAAAGGAUGGAAGGAGACAUUUAUGAGUGGUGAACAAGAACCGUGGGUGUUCAGGGGUGGUCUGACAGCUGACCUUCAGCGAUUAAUACCUGUGGAUUCUGGAAAUGAUCUGUUCAUGUACAAAGCUCCUGAUGUACCAAGUAGUCAGAUUUUUACCAUAAGGCCAUACUUACCAUCAGAUGAAAGUCUGGUAUAUGCAGUGUGCCGCCAAACAUGUGCAGAUGGACGGGAUGGAACUGACCGUUUUCUAGAUUUGCCAGAUAUUAUUGGAGACAAGUUGGUUGGAGGGUUCUUGGCACUUAGUACAGAGUUCUGCUUUGUUGUUGAGGAUGAGAAUGGACUUGUUGGGUAUGCGUUGGCGGCACUUGAUGCACGGCAGUAUCACAAGAAGUUGGAACUAGCCUGGUUGCCAGAAAUGUGUGCCAAAUAUCCUCGGUCCAACAAUCUCUCAGGAACACUUUCACCUUCUGAGGAGGUAAUAGAAUGGUUCCAUACAUACAAAGCAGAUGUCCCUGAUGUUAUCCAUAGUCACCAUCCAUCUGUUAUGUGUUGUGCGCUGCUUCCAAAUGUCCUGGAUCAGAGUGUAUCCAAGAGACUAGUAACCUGCUUACUGGCAGCUCUGCGAGCAAAUGGUUCGUUUGGUGUCUAUGUUCCCAUUAAUUCAAAGGACACUUAUAUGUUGGAGUUUUAUGGUAAGUUAGGUUUUCUGGAAUUGCAUCCUGGACUGAAUCCUGAGAUAACGUAUCUUGGCCGUGUCUUCUGAGUGAAUGAGACUCAUGACCCUGGACAGCUCUUUUAUUAAUAGAGCAUGGAAUUUGUGCCUGAGGUAAUGGCUAAUGGGUCACUGUUAUCACAGCAGAUCUCUUCUUUCAUGUGUAAAUGUAGAGCUGCUAAUUGACAGUGGAUGUGAUUCACUACUGUUGAUAGUGGUUAUAACAAAGAAUGAGGGUGUCAUUUCUACAGCAGCUGAUAUGAACUUUUAAUGUCAUGGCUGCACAAAAUGUCACUAUGUCGACAGCAUGUAUUAGACAGUUUGCGGAAAAUAAUUAAGAACUCUUCAGCUAACAGCCACAUGUAUCACAUGUAGUUGUUACUGAAGUGUUAGUAAUUGUGUGUGUGUUUGUGUGUGUGUGUGUGUGAGAGAGAGAGAGAGAGAGAGAGAGAGAGAGAGAGAGAGAGCGCGUGUUGUGCUCAUGUACACAAAUGUUCAUGAGACCAUGUAUUUAAAGGAUAUUCGUAAAUAGUUUAUUUCCUCACAUGCAGAGAGAAGAAAUGGAAAUAUUGCAGUCAGUCUUAAAAACCUCCUUUCUGUUAGAUUGUUGAAAGAGAGGUGAGUGUGCAGUUUCAUUUAGCAUCAGUAUUAAAUAAAAUCUUUUUUUGGAAUUGGAAUGUUCCAGUAAUGCACAGUUUAGUGUAACGUACCUUGUAUUUGUUGCUGACUGGUGUCCAUGAACUUAUAUGAAACAAAUGGAUAACAGUGAUUACUGGCUUAAUCUCAUAUUUGGACAGUGGUACUUCACAGCACAUCUUGUGGUGCCAAUUUGUAUGAUGUUACUUCUUUUUAUGUCAUGUGUUGUUCUUUUGUCUAGUCAUUGACUUCUCCUGCACUCAUUAUAGGAUGCACUGUAUGCUGUGAAACACAUUGUGAUAUCAUAUAUUUCUAUUUCUUGAUAUGCAAAAUGAGCAGAAAUAAUAUAGAAAAUUUUCAGUGAAAUUUCUGUAUUCCAGCUAGUUAUUUUCAGAACAUCAUGGACACACAUUUAAGCCAUAUGCAGGCUGACUGUCUUGAGAAUAAGUGGGUGGCGAACAUGUAAAAUAAUAGCCUCAUAAGUGGUGAAUGUACAACUUCCAGGAUGAUCUACAUCCCAGAAAAAAUUGAAGAUAUACAAUCUGUAAAAUAUUUACUGUAGUAAAUAUUUACUGUAGUAAUUUUGUUAAGAAGUGGUAUGUGAACAUUUAUGAACAUGGAGAAUAGUUUAGCUGAUAAUUAUCUUGUAAUCAGCAGUCAGAGAUUCAGUGGAGAAUUCUGUGAUGAAAUUUCCUCUUUGUUGUAGUGAAGGAAGUUACAUAACAUUAUGCAUAUAAAUGCUAUCCUUUUCUGAUCUCUGCCUGCUGUGUGCUCUUUGAUUUUUUGUGUGGACAUUUGUACGUGUAUCAUGUAUUGAUGUCUGACAACAAAAUGUACAGUAAGAUAACUGUUGUAAAUUUGUAUUAACUAAUACACUGCCAUUGAUGACUGCUUUUCGUUUUCUAUUCAAAGCUCCGAUAGAACUAACGUGUCUUGUACUUUUUUAAUUCUCACCCAUUUUCUUCAGUGACACAGUCUAUUGCUGAAAAUAAACAUUCCACAUUGCUUUGCUGUUGCAAUAUUUAUUGAAUAACAUGAACUAACUGAAGAGUGAUAGAAUUGGCUAUUAUUUUGCCCCCAUAAAAUAAAACUGAAAGCGUUUCUGUCACGGAAUCUCACUCAGAGAAUUCUUUUUGUUAAUAGUUAACUCGAGAAAUAGGGACGACAGUGUAAUAUGUGUUUGGAGCUGAUCCAUUGUGUCAUUGGUUUUGUUUUCUUUGUCUCCUCUCUGUGAGUAACACUUGUAAUUGUUUUUAUCCACUUCAUUAAACACAUACUUGAUGUUUUUAAGUUAACUGCUAUAGGCAGAUAUUUUUGAUAGAAACACUGAUUGGAGAUAGAAUGCCUUCAUUACAUCAGGAAUAGAAAGAACUCUUGUGGUUCUUGUCAUAUUAGAAUAUGUAGCUUUCUUUCCACUGGUUGUGAACAUUCUGGUUCACAGUAACAGAACAGAAGAAAGCAAAAACAGAUCAACCCCAUAUUCAGUCUCCCACCAGUAACCCUAUCUUUUUAGGGAACCUUCUCUCUUAAAUAAUUGAAAUAUGGCUGUUAAAUUUAUUCCUAACAUAAGUUAUUACAUAAAGCCAGUUAGAGUUGCAGUUGGUUUUUGUGUGUAUGCACAACACAAAAAAAAAAAAAAGAAAAUGGAAAAUUGAUGACAUCAUAGUAUUUUUAAGUAAUCAGUAACUCAAUACAUGUUUUCUACUACCUUACAGGUACAGCUUUCAAAACAUCUGCAACAUAUUUCACAGCACUGUAGUAAGAAAUUUGUGAAGACUUGUGACAAGUUCAGUUUCUCUGUUCCUUUCCUCAGUAUUUGUAUGUGAGUAAUCCUGUUGAGUUCAGAAGCUCUCCCUGUCUACUACUAGCACAUAACUGAUUAGCACCUUUGUUAUUUUAGCAUCAGUUAAAGUUUCUUCCAUUUACGAAUGAUGGCUGUUAGAAAAGACUUACUGAAAUUAUGAAUCUUGCAAAUGGCAUACUUAAAGAAUUAAUUAAAUUGUUGGUGAUAAGGAUUUAAGUAGUUUGGCAUUGCCAUGCCAUUGUUCGUGUAUGCCAUGGUCUGCACAAAGUAUUGUUGCAGGACAAUGUGGCAAAUCUGUAAGCUAUCUCUGAAGCUUCCAUUCAAGUGAAUUUAGCUGCAGCCAGAUCUGUCAUCUACAAAGAUUUUUAUGACAUCUGAAAGCUGAGGUAUAAUGUUUUUAUUGGUUAACGUGAAAUGUGCAACUCAUUUUCGAUCAUGCUGCCAAUAAAAAUUAUGUUGGCUUGACAUAUUUUAUUGAUACAGUUUGCACUAUAUUUUCAGUUUUUAUUUUUCCCUUGCCUACAAGCAAAUAAGCUGAACCUAUACUCAAAUUGUGAAACACUUAAUAAAUGGAAAAACAGCCAUAGGACCAUAAUGUUCACAUUGGUUUACUUUUUAUUUUGCUGUAAACCCUGUGAUAGUGAAAAUAGUAUUAGUAAGUGUAGUGACUAUUAUAAUUAAAAACAAAUAACACACUCACUUUGCCUCAAAAAAGUGGCUAAGCCAUUUAAGAAAUUUUUAUGGACUUUAUGUUUUGGAACUUGGGUCCUCGUGAAAGAGUAGACAGACAGGUAGUUUUAUAUAUUAGAAGAUAAAAGCCAAGCUGGUCAGAUUUUAGGAGCUAUUGAUUCGUGGGCAGUGCAACAUUACAUGGAAAACAAGUUUUUGCUGAUUGGUGGAGUAUCAUAUUUCUUUGUAAUUGAUAAUUUGAGCAGAGUGACACUGACACUGACACUGUCUGAGGUGUUCUAAUAUCUUUGCCAUGACUGGAAAUGAUGACGGAUUCUUAAUAAUUUGUAACCUGAAUCAGUUAUUUGGUUUCAUAACACCUAUUCAAAUUAAAACUAAAGAACUUCCCAACACAUUAAUUAAAUUCAUUGCUUAAAGCUGUUUGUUGCAAUUGAAUGAGAUGUAUUGUUUCAUCAGUCACUUUGCUAGUACAAACCUGAACCAGUCACAUAGACUUACUUAAUAAGAAGUUCUUUACUGUGUACGUGUAGCGAACUGUUAUUAUAUUAUUGUGUUUAUUCUAAUCAGGCAGUGCCUCUCAGUACAAAACAGUGACCUGUUCUUAAUUUCUUUAUUAGAACAAAGAAAGUAAUUUUUUGAUAAAGCUCAGUCUUUAAAAAGCACUUUUGUCAACACUACAUUGCCUCAUUUUAUUGUUUCGCCCUAUGUACUGCUUCAUAAAUUUGUUAUAAUUUUUGUCAUCUUCACUGAACUGUUGAAAUGUGGAUGGUUUACAUACCUGUCUGUUGCCCAACACUUGUGUUAUAAUUAUGGUACUUCAUUCCCAGUAGUUGGUCAUUGAUUUGGAAUACAAACCAGACUUGUAAGGUUGAAGAAGAGCAGUAUGACUGCUUUUUUGCUAUCAGAGAGUUGUAUAGGUAUCAACCUUGUUUUUAAGUAACAACCACCUUGGUGAAGCUUUGGAAUUGUUUGUUGAAAGUUUCUACGUGGUAAAGGCUGUUUCUUAACCAUAAAAACAACAGUUAACUUCUGUUGUAAUGUUCUAAGAAAAUUAUCCCUCAAGUUACCGUAUUUCCAGUGUGAAACACAGUCCCCCCUCCCACCCCCCAAAUUGAAAUACACAUGAAGUUUUCACAGAGAGUAGAUGACAGAACUGCAGCUCACUUUUAUCACUGAGCUUCCAAUUGUUUUAUAUUGUGGUGUUAAAUUGUGCUUUUAAAUUGUGCUUCUUCAGUAUUAAUAAUUUGAAGGGUGCUGAACUGAUCUAUUGUAACUGUGGUAACUUAUAUUGUUUUUUGAAUGAUUGGGAUCAGUAAAAAUUGAUUUUUUUUUCAUGAUUUAAAUACAAUAUUUUGACAUUCAAAAUAUUUUUUCACUUUUUGGUGGUAACUGAUUUUGUGAACAUUAUUUCUUUGUUUGAGAGAAUGCAAGUUUAUAAUAUCUUUUUGUACGGUGAAGUAUUGCACCUACGAGAAGAACAGUGUGAUAUUAGUGUUAGGCUGUAUUGAAUUUAAAUGUGAUGUUUUAGUUUGCCAGGAAGAAUAAUUUAUGUAGUACUGUUAAUGUAAAAAGAAAAAAAUAUAUAUAUGUAUGUUCAGUGUGCUAUAGUGUCUCACACCCAUAGCACUUCGUUGACAUGUCACAGGUUUAAUUAAAUCUGUUGUUUUACAUCUACUUUUGUUUUAUUACAAAUGCGAACUGUUAUCGUAUUUUAUUUAUCUCAGAGAAUUGGUGGAAAAAUGAUUGUGUGUAACUCCGUGUUUUAGAACCUGAUUUACUACAUUGACUGAGGAUUUCCAUUUCCAUAGCAAGCUAAUUAAUGUGUUUUAAUUUAAGUGGAAAAUACUUAUUGUAUGGCAGUUUUUCAUUUUCUCAGUAUUUAUGUAUAUGUUUUUUUCCCUUAUUUUUCAUUGCCGCAUUCAUGCUUGAAGAGUAAUCUCUUUGUAAUAAGACUGUGAUUAUUGUAUGAACCAUAUGCACAUUUUAUGAGUAGGCUGCACAUGGCCAAGUCUGUAUUAUUCUAAAUCCAGACAUUUUAUUUAUAUGAUUAAUACAUCUGUCUAAAGAUGGAUAUAAUAUUUGUAUGAACAAUAUAAAACUCUGUGAGUAAAACAGAUUAAGAGGAACAAUGAUUAUCUUGUAUCAAAUAAAGUUAUUGUUUCAGACAUUGA